AUGGCACAAAUUUAUGCAACUCUCCUUACAUUGUGUCUUCUACUGUAUAUUGGGGUGCAAUGUCAAUCUAACAACAAAUAUAAGUGUAUCUAUCAAGGAGAUGAUGAUACUUACAGCUUUUACCAGGGUGGAGAUUUAGUUUUGGGAGGGAUUUUUCCUUUGCAUUCCAGCACAAUACCACAGUUUUUUUCUUUUACUACCAAACCCAAGUUAAUUCAAUAUAAAUUCUUUACCCCUCGAGCUCUGAGGUGGAUGCAAACAAUGAUCUUUGCUGUGAGAGAAAUAAACCAACGUCAAGAUCUUUUACCAAACCUGUCUCUGGGCUACCACAUCAGGGACAGCGGUGAUGAUAUACCAGUGUCAGUGAAGAGGUCUCUUCUUCUGGUCAAUGGACAGCCAGAGAAGGGCAGUGGACAGAGCUGUGAAGACAUACAAAAGCAGCCGAGUCCUGUAAUCGUGGGAGAGGCGUCAUCAGGCGUGUCCAUGGCUGUUCUGAGAACUCUAGGCACCUUUCAAAUACCCUUAGUGAGCUACUUUGCAUCCUGCUCUUGUCUCAGUAACAAAAGGGAGUUUCCAGCAUUCAUGCGCACAAUGCCAAGUGAUCUAUUUCAGAUUAAAGCUUUAGUAAAACUUGUGAAUUAUUUUAAGUGGACAUGGAUUGGGGUUAUCGGUGUGGAUACAGACUAUGCUCGAUUUGCCAUCCAGCUCUUUUUGAAAGAGUCUGAAAAAUUUUAUAUUUGUCCUGCCUAUGUUCACAUUUAUCCUGUUGCACUUACUCAAAAUACAGUUGAGGAACUUGUGAAAAUUUUAAAAUCAUCUUCUGCUAGAGUCAUACUAAAUUUCUCUGUGGACUCUUAUCUCUAUGGUGUUCUAAAAGAGUGCAGACGGCAAAAUGUCACACAUCUGCAGUGGAUCGCCAGUGAGGCAUGGGCCACAUCAAAAGUCCUCUGGGAUGAUUUUGGUGAUCUGUUAAAGGGAACACUGGGCUUUGCCAUACGGAGAGCUGAUAUCCCACAUCUUGGCAGUUAUCUCAGAUUAGUAAGUAGUUCUGUUGCUCAGACCUCCCAUUUUUUUACAGAAUUUUGGGAAGAGACUUUCCAUUGCAGACUAAAUGGGUCCCUAAACACUCAUGUACAUGAAGAAGCAUCUCACAACUGGCCAGCCUGCAAUGGUAGUGAAACUCUAGAUAAUGUGUAUACUCUUUAUUCUGAUGUGUCACAACUCAGAGUCUCCUACAAUGUUUACAAAGCUGUGUAUCUCAUAGCACAUGCACUGCAUGACAUGAGCACAUGCAUCCCAGGAAAAGGCCCAUUUCAGAAUGGGACAUGUGGGAGUCUGUAUCAAAUUUCGCCAUGGCAGCUUUUGUACUAUAUGAAACAAACCAACUUCACAACACUCGGAGAAGAGGUCCGGUUUGAUAUGAAUGGGGAUCCUAUUGCAUCCUAUGAUCUGAUGAACUGGCAAAGAGAAUCUAAUGGCUCCCUUCAGCUUGUCAGGGUGGGAAUCUAUGAUGCUUCCUUCAAAGAUGACAGAGACCUAGUGAUAGAUGAGUCAAUAAUUAUGUGGCACAGAGGGGAGAAGGCACCAGAAUCAUUGUGCAGUAAAAGCUGUCUGCCAGGCUCUAGGAAAGCCAGGCAAAAAGGAAAGCCAGUCUGCUGCUUUGACUGUAUAUCAUGUGCUGAAGGAGAGAUCAGUAAUCAGACAGACUCAAAUGAUUGCCUGACAUGUUCCAAGGAAACAUGGCCUAACCAAGCCCAAGACCAGUGCAUCCCCAAAACAUUAGAGUUUUUGUCCUUUCAGGAGCCCUUGGGAAUAAUUCUUUGGGCAUUUUCAGCAUUUGGGGCCUGUGCAGCAUUAGCAGUACUCUGUGUGUUUGUAAUGUAUAGGAAGACUCCAGUCAUACGAGGAAACAAUAUAGAGUUAAGUUUCCUUCUCCUCUUGUUCCUCUGUGCUUGUUUUUUGAUUGGCCUCACAUUUUUAGGAAAGCCCACUGAUUGGCUGUGCCAAAUUCGCUAUCCAGCUUUUGGAAUCAGCUUUACGCUCUGUAUUUCAUGCAUCUUGGCAAAAACUGUAGUCGUUUUAAUGGCUUUCAGGGCCACCAUCCCGGGCAACAAUGUCAUGAAGUGGUUUGGACCUGUUAAACAAAGAUCAAGUGUUAUCCUGUGCACAUUUCUGCAAGCAAUUAUUUGCAUCAUAUGGUUAACAACUAAGCCCCCUAUUGCUUCAUAUAACAGCAAGUUCCUUAGUGCAACUAUAAUUGUUGAAUGUUCUGUUGGAUCUGAAGUUGGAUUUUGGUGUGUUCUCGGAUAUAUUGGCUUCCUAUCUUCCUUGUGUUUCUUCUUGGCAUUUUUGGCCAGAAAAUUGCCAGACAACUUUAAUGAGGCUAAAUUCAUCACAUUCAGCAUGCUCAUAUUUUUUGCUGUGUGGAUAACCUUCAUCCCAGUGUAUGUGAGCUCAAGCGGAAAGUAUAUGGUUGCUGUCCAUGUCUUUGCUAUUCUAGCUUCCGCCUUUGGUCUUUUAAUGUGUAUAUUUGCUCCUAAAUGUUAUGUUGUAUUACUGAAACCAGAGAGAAAUGACAAAAAGAGUAUGAUGAAGAAAUAG